AUGGCCCCACCUCCCUCUGCACAUUUCCAGGAGCUCGCGCACGAGGCUCUGAGCUUGAGCCGCCUCCUCCCCAGCUUUGAAAGGAAAAUCGCCGAGAUUGACGCGAUCCUGGCGAGCGAAAAGCACGCCAGGCAGUGGGCUCAAGCCAAUGACGCAUACUCCAAGUUGAUCAUCGACUCGGAGGUCGCUGCGAGCCGCUUCGUUGCGUUUCUGAAAUUCUACCUUGUCAUCGGCGGCGACAGGGCUCAUGCCUCCGUAGACGAGAGAAUCUCAACGCUGUCGAUGGAUGCCGAGAGUUUGGAGUCGAUGUACACCACCGGCAACUUCUCCACCGAAGCAGAUGCGAUAUCCAAGUCCUUCGGCGCCAUCACGACCGACCUGCAGCACAUCAUCAGCGACAUUAUGAGACAAGACGCCGAGAGCGCGCGCCAUCAAUCCGAGAGCAGCCCCACCGAUUCCAUCCAGGCGUCCACGCGCGGUGUACAAGGGAAAGGGCUCCUGAGUUCUUGGUUCAGCAGUAUGCGCCAAUCCGAAGCCUCUACGCAGCUUGAGGAACCGCACGCGCCACUCCAGCGUACGGGCGCGAGUCAUGCCGAGUCUCUGCGCGAUCUCGCGCACGAGGUCGCGCAGGGCGUUGACGAGGUGUGCAGCGUGCUCAAGAAGCAUGCAUCGCUUUUCAACGCGGUAUUCGACAAGCCGAUAUCCAAGCUCGCAAAGGAAAUACAGGACCGCAUCGCGGCGCUCAAGGCCGAAAAGAACGGCGUUACUCAGGCUGAGCAGUAUCGACACUAUUCGGCGCAGGAACGCGCCAAGGAGGCGGUUCCGUACUGGACGGAGCUUGCUGCGCUUUACGACGUCUACUCCAAGACAAACAAGUUCUAG